UCUGAGCUGGGGCACUUUACCAUGAGGCUGCAAAUGAAACAGAUGUGCUUGCUGUGAAUUUCUGUAGUGUCUGGACUUUUUGUACCAAAGGUGACAACACUUUCCUUCCGGUGAUUUUUUCUUUCUCCUUUUAUUUUUCCCAUACUUUAUAUAAAGGGAAUGAAAUGGAGAAGUUGAAGAAAUAUAUUUCAGUGAAAGAUGAAGAUCACUUUUAUCAUCAGGGAGCUGUGGAACUGCUAAUCUUUAACUUUCUACUCAUUCUUACAAUAUUAACCAUUUGGUUGUUUAAAAACCAUCGAUUCCGCUUUCUACAUGAAACUGGAGGAGCUAUGCUUUAUGGCCUUGUAAUGGGAUUAAUUAUACGAUAUGUGACAAAAUCAUCAGAUGUUGAAAGUGGGAUUGUUUAUGAAUGUGAAAAGCUGAAAUCUGGGCCAUCCACUCUSCUUAUUAAUGUAACUAAUCAUGUCUACGAAUAUCAAUACAAAAGAGAGAUCAGCCACCACAAUGUCCAUGGUCACCAGGGCAAUGCAAUGCUUCAAAAGAUGACCUUUGAUCCUUCCAUCUUCUUCAAUAUUUUGCUGCCACCCAUUAUAUUUCAUGCUGGAUAUAGUUUGAAGAAGAGACAUUUUUUUCGUAACUUAGGAUCAAUUUUAACCUACGCCUUUUUGGGAACUGCCAUCUCCUGCAUUGUCAUAGGGUUGAUAAUGUAUGGCUUUGUGAAGGCCAUGGUACACAUUGGCCAAUUAAAGCAAUGGGAAUUCCACUUCACUGACUGUUUAUUCUUUGGAUCCCUGAUGUCUGCCACAGAUCCAGUGACAGUCCUUGCUAUUUUCCAUGAGCUGAAUGUGGAUACAGAUUUAUACACACUCCUGUUUGGAGAGAGYGUCCUAAAUGAUGCUGUGGCUAUCGUGCUGACCCACUCAAUAUCCAUUUACAGUCCUAAGGUGAAUCCUAAUGCUUUUGAUGCUGCCGCUUUYUUCCAGUCAGUGGGAAAUUUUCUGGGAAUCUUUGCUGGAUCAUUUGCCAUGGGAUCCUCUUAUGGUGUCAUCACAGCUUUAUUGACAAAAUUCACAAAGCUGUGUGAGUUUCCMAUGUUGGAGACAGGUCUGUUUUUCCUCCUAUCCUGGAGUGCUUUCUUAUCAGCAGAAGCCGCUGGGCUUACAGGUAUUGUUGCUGUCCUUUUCUGUGGAGUCACACAGGCCCAUUACACCUACAACAAUCUAUCACCAGAUUCCAGAACGAGAACUAAACAGUUGUUCGAGUUCAUGAAUUUUUUGGCUGAGAAUGUCAUCUUCUGUUACAUGGGACUCGCWCUAUUUACAUUUCAAAAUCACAUCUUCAAUCCUCUUUUUAUAUUUGGUGCAYUUGUGGCAGUUUUUGUAGCAAGAGCUUGCAACAUAUACCCACUUUCUUUCCUUUUGAAUUUGGGUCGAAAACAAAAGAUUCCCAGGAACUUUCAGCACAUGAUGAUGUUUUCAGGUUUACGUGGUGCAAUUGCCUUCGCMUUGGCCAUUCGAGACACAGACUCACAGCCCAAACAGAUGAUGUUCACCACGGCCCUGCUGAUCGUGUUCUUCACAGUCUGGGUGUUUGGGGGRGGCACCACACCCAUGCUCACCUGGCUUCAGAUCAGAGUUGGYGUAGAUCCAGAUGAAGAUCUGAAAACUAAAGCUGCGAGCCAGACUGCAUCCAACUUGGAUAAAAAUACAACCAAAGCUGAGAGCGCGUGGCUGUUCAGAAUAUGGUAUGGCUUUGACCACAAGUAUCCUUUUCUGUUAUAGGCCGUGAAUGAUAGUUGCUCUACAAUUAGCCUUCAAAAUAUUUUAAAAGCAAAAAUUAUUAUACUUGUAAAAACCAAAAGUGUAAUCUAUUUAAAUGUGUUUAGUAAGCAGAAGAAAUUUUGCAAGUCCGAGGCAGCAGAAGGUCCAGCCAUGACUGAGCUAUGGGGAGAGGGAACAAGUCAAGAAGMUCUGAGCUACUGUAAUAUAUAGAAAAUACAUUUAAUUAAAUUAACCUUUUCUAAUUCCUAGAUUAAACUAAUCCAAUCAUUAUUUAGGUAGAGGGCAGAUUCUGUGUUUGGGGAACCAGGAGGUUGGAGCCAGAAGCAACCAAGUGUCAACUGCCUGGCUGAGUAUGUUGUCUGACCACAUACUCAGAAAGCAAUGGCUACCUAAGAGAAAAAUAAGACAACACUGGUUUACCAACUCCAGAAAACAGAGUCMGCAAUUGUGAAAAGCUCCCAGGACUUUCCUGAAGCUCAUACUUCCUAUUUGCUGGAUACCUGUGCUUUUGUGCUUUUAUUCACAUUCCUACUGAAACAUGUGUAGUAGAGAUGUUGAAUAUGGGUGUCUGAUGCUCUAUUCCAGAAAGUCUGGUUUCCAUGUCUUUUGCAUUUUGAGAAAAUAUUUUAAGUGAUAAAAGAACAAUCUCCCCAAGCCAAGGCAGAACAUACAGCCUGACACUAAUGCCUGUGCAAAAACUGUAAAAUCAAUCAUUCUAAUUUAUUGUCAUUUUAGACUGACACCAUACAGGCUUUGCCUGGCUGCCAGUGAGAUCCCACAGUAACAGUCACACCCCAAACCUUUAACAGAAAAAUGCAGCCAAUACAAGAGAAGCCCACCUGCUGAUUUCCAUGGAUCCUGGCUCAGGAGAGGAACAGGCAAAGCCCUGUCUCCAUUAUCCUAUAACACAUCUAUUGGUCCAUCACCCUGCACUACUGAGCAGAGAUUAAUGUUCAGGCUGCAUAUARCGUUUUUCUUAUACCAGCUGCAGCAAAACAGAAUUAAACAUUUCAGCUGAUAAAAUGCAAUUCUUUGGGAACACAGCUUCCCUGGAGAGUUCAACUGAAGUUAUCUUUCAAAGAGACUUUUGAUGGAAAAAAACCAUCUUUUUGGUUAAAAAUGAGCAUAUUGCCUUAAUUCAACUACUCCAGCAGUUUUAAAGGCCA